AAAUAUCCGUUUUGGCGGGCCCUACACUUGGAUGAACGACGUCUUCAACUUCAAAAGUCUAUAAUACAAAAAGAUACAAACUCGAGUCACAUUCGAACAUACAUGCAUUUCCUCAGCAAUGGAUGAAUUGCUGGGGCUGCUCCGUGUUCGGGUCAAAAGAGGCACCAAUCUUGCUGUUCGUGAUACCAAUAGCAGUGAUCCUUAUGUUGUCCUCACCAUGGGUCAACAGAAAUUGAAGACCCAUGUGGUGAAACACAACUGCAAUCCUGAAUGGAACGAAGAUCUGACUCUUUCUAUCAGGGAGCCAGUCAUUCCAAUCCAUUUAACAGUUUAUGACAAAGAUACAUUUACCGUGGAUGACAAAAUGGGCGAUGCAGAGAUAAACAUUCAACCUUAUAUAGAAGCCCUGAGGUUGCGCAAGAGCUUGCAACAACUUCCAGAUGGUUGUGCACUCAAGAGAAUACAGCCAAACAGGAAUAACUGUCUUGCUGAAGAGAGUAGCAUUGUCUGGAAAAAUGGCAAGAUCAUCCAAGACAUGGAUCUGAGGUUGAAAAAUGUUGAGUGCGGGGAAGUGAGGAUCCAACUGGAGUGGAUUGAAGUUCCAGGUUGUAAGGGUUUGGAAGGUGAAGAAUAAUGGUUUAAUUGUCUCUCAGUCUGUACUAUAUAGUGUAUAUAUAUACUCUUGAAGCUGAGUUUAAUACAUUUCCUGUAAUGAUAUUUGGACUCAUUAUUAUUGUUGUAAAAUCAUAAUUCAACUAAAUAAUAUGGCUGGAGUUAG